AUGGUAGCUUUAUUGUUGGCGAGGAGAACUGAAGAUGUAACCACCGGAGCUGAAACUUCUAAUAAGGAAGACCAGACAUCACAAAAUAGUGAUGAAGACCCUUCACAGAACGCAAAAAGCCAAAAAAUCUCUACGACGGUAGUUCUAAGCAAUAGCAUCCCAGUUGUGAUAUGUUACCGCUGUGGAGAAAUUGAAACGUUCCUCGAUGAUGUAAGCGGAAUUGAGAAUGGGACUGUGGACGCCGGUUUCAGAGAACGCGAAGGUGUGAUUUUGUUGCGUCGGAAGGGCACCAUAAACAAUAAAAACUGCUUUAACCGAGAGGUUUUGGACAAGUCUAAACUACUGAAAAGCCAAGCAGCAGAUGAUGGCUUGAUCAUCACCAGCGAGAGGAUGUGUCUGACUAGCAGUGGUGGCCGAGGCAGAGCGAUGCUACGAAGCGUCCAAACUUUUCGAGCUUCAUACAUCAUUUCUGCUGAUACAGCUCUAUACAGAUCUUCUUUGAUAGGAUUGUUAUCCUUGCAAGGAAAGAUCACUGCCAGAAAAACUUCCUGUUUAAUGCCCAGGCAUAGUGUAUUGCCGGAUGCUUUGAUUCUCUUUGAUUCUCCAUGUUUAGCCCGAUGCGUUUGA